AUGGACCACCGUCCCCUCCCCCUCGUGGUCUUGAGGAAGUCUGCAUCGUCAACCAGUCUGGCUACCAAGGACGAACCCACCGACUCACCGCGCUUUUCUAGGAAAUUCGGGAAGCACAUACAAAAGCGGCAGCUGGAGAUUCCAGAAUAUGCCGCUAGCUUUGUCGACUACAAGGCCCUCAAAAAGCUCAUCAAGAAGCUGAGCACAACCCCAGUCAUACCUGCCCAAGGAGAGCACCAUGGACUCGAAACAUUCGACCCGCAGACCUCUCUGCAGGCCAACAAGGCCACCUUCUUCUUCCGAGUGGAACGUGAACUAGAGAAGGUCAAUACCUUCUACCUCCAGAAAGAGGCCGAGCUGCGCCUUCGCUUGACCACACUUCUCGACAAGAAGAGAGUGAUGCAGCAGCAUCCACAGUCCGUCUCCAAGUCGUCAUCCAGAUAUGUCGCCCUUGAAGAAGGCCUAAAACAGUUUAGCAUGGACCUGAAUAAGCUCGAGCAAUUUGUCGACGUGAACGGAACCGCAUUCUCCAAAAUACUGAAGAAGUGGGACAAAACAUCCAAGUCCCGAGAAAAACAACUCUAUCUGUCAAGGGCUGUCGAUGUUCAACCGUGCUUCAAUCGUGAUGUCAUCAGCAACCUAUCGGAUCAAGCUACUCAAGCCCUUCUCGACUUCUCUGGGUGGUCUGAAGGCGAGGGCAUGCAAGCGCCACAAGAGCCCACGCAGUCAAGAGUCUUUGAACCAUCAGUAGAGGCCAACCUCCAACUGGAUAAUCAAAUCAUCCAAGCCAUCAAUACCGCUAAUGUUAUUCAAAUCGACGACUGCCUUUCUCGAUUACAGAAACUCAACGAUGCAUCGGAACGCAUCACCCGUGCUUUCCUCAGCACUGUUGAAUUUGCGCCGGAGUCCGCUUUGAAGUCAUUACUAGACACCAACCUGGUAAAGCUUCAACAAGAAGAUGAAAUUAAUGAGCGAAAUUGCCUGCAUAAGGCUGCUAUCCGUGGAAGGCAAGAGGUGUUGAGGUUAGGUCUUAACGGAGGUGUCGACCCCCACGCCACAGAUGUGUACGGCCGAAUACCCCUACACUAUGGCGCAAUGCAUGGUCGCGUCGAUCUGCUUCAGGAGCUCAUCAACGCUGCCCCUGAUACUGUCAAUUUUCGAGACCAGGACAGCUUCACGCCGCUUAUUCACGCAAUCGUGCAUUCUCAACUUGAAUGCGUGCAGAUACUUCUCGCAAGCGGUGCUCACCUUACUCGUCUCGGUCCUGCGGAGCACAUUCCUCUUAACCUUGCUUGCCAAUGGGGCUCGAUGGAGAUUGUCGAACUUCUUCUCCAGCGCAACGCAGAGAUGCUCCCAGAUGCCGAAGGGCUUUACCCUGCCCAUCUCGUUGCACGUUCAGGGAAGACCCCGCAGAUGCUGAUGUUACUCAAAAAGUAUGGCGCCGACCUGGAUCAGCCGGACAAACUUUACCAGUGGACACCUCUAUUCCACGCUGCUAGCGACGGACAUGUCGAGUGCUUGAAGACCCUCCUCCAGUGCCAGGUGGAUGUGGAUGUUGUGGACGAGAAGGGCCUGUCAGCCCUGUAUUACGCGACUUGGGAAGGUCAUCUGGAGUGCAUCAAGCUGCUGGCUUCUGUCGGGAGUGGAGUUGGCUUGAGGGUCCAGCGAGGACUAUCUCCUCGACUCACAACACCAACCGCCUCCGGCACCGCACCAGGCCCGAUGGAAACCGAGAACGACGCAGAAGGGAUUCCAGAAUUCAUCUUACCACCACCGAUUAUACCUUUUAGGCGAUACGGUCAUAAUUUCCUGGAUACGAAGACAUUCGUGGUCAUCAGCUUCGAAAGGCUGGGCAAAGAUGCGAUACGAUUCUAUGACGAGACGAAGUAUCCAGCAGCGAGACUCACGAUAUCGUCUAAAAGUUCUGAUCUUAUUCCACGAAAUGUUCUGCUUCCUGUCCAGGACGAGUUCAAAGUCAUCUCCUUCCAGAUCGAGAACAUCUCGUCGUUUUCGAUAGAUUUCGAUGUGUAUCCCACUAUCGGUUCCAAGGUGAUCGCUCGCGGCGUUGCAUCGUCAAGAGUCUUCACGAAUCCAGGGGAAAAGUUACGUGCGAUCGGCCGGAUAUCGUUCGAUUACCAGGUCGUGAAGCCCUUCCACGGAAUCCCGCUCGAAAUAACACAUUUCGCCACCUAUUGGAAGGCAACAAGUCAAUUAGAUUCGCAACCUCAUACCCUUAUUACCGGAUCCAGCUUAUCCGGAGAAUACGUUAGAUUACUUGUGCAGCUAACCGGCGAUGGAGUUCCUGUUCUGUUUCCUCGCUGGAAGAUCAGCCACGAGGGCUUAGACGUCCCAGUCAACAUACUAACCUACGCACAAUUUGCUGCAAUCGGCGCAAGGCAGAAUCCGGCCGCCGCAGCACAACUCACCAGUCUGCAACGCGCAACAUCCGGCGACAUUCCCACAAUAUACCAGGUUCUCGCUUCAUCGUUCACGACGCUCAAAGAUGCUUUGGCCCUGCUGCCGGCACAUAUCCAUGUCGAGCUGCAUGUUCUGUUCCCAUCGCGAGCGGAAGAGGAUCAUCUCAGGCUCGGGCCCACGGAAGACAUGAACGACUUUGCGGACAAGAUUCUCUCCGUCGUUUUCGAGCACGCUAGAGUUUUAAGAGAGCAGGGCGCGGGAGAAAUCGAUGGAACUCUGCGUAGCGUCGUGUUCAGCUCGUUCAAUCAGGAUAUCUGCACGGUCAUCAAUUGGAAGCAGCCAAAUUACCCUGUAAUGCUCUGCAAUCAGCUCGGUGCCGAUGGCUCAGAAACGAAAGUUUCGCACACCGUGGAGAGCAAUGGGCGCACACAGAUCUCCGUCAAGGACGCUGUUCAGAUUGCCCGCGACAACAACUUCAUGGGUUUGAUCUGCAGCUCUCGUCUGCUGGGUCUAGCACCUGCCAUUAUCGAAUCAAUCAAGACGGCCGGCCUCGUUCUAGUCACCGACGUCUCGGACAACGUAGCUCACGAGCGCACCGAAGCGAGCCUUGGAGUCGCCAGGCCGAUUGGCGAUUUCAUGCCGAAGGGGGGUUGA